AUGACCCGGAUGAUCAUUUUGACAGGUGCCCCAGAGCCGACAAAGCUCGACUGGAGCGAAAAAUCUCUUUUACCAGAUUCCACCCACGUCGAGCCUCUCACUUCCCCGACAUCUCCUUCAUCCAAAGUUCUCGGUCCUCCAUGGAGACAAAUCACGACGCAGAAACUUCAAAUGCGUCCCGUACUCCCCAAGCUCAAUAUCGAUGCACGCCCGCCUACGGAAGACGUUGAUCGUAGUGGCGCCGAGUUUUUCUCUGCCGAUGAAUUUGUCGGGCCUCACACUCCAGGCAGCGAUGCCAGCGGCGACGAAUCCCAGCGCUCCGGCGGUUCGGCCGAGACCAUUUCAGAGACUCUUUCGGAGUAUUACGAUCACUCAUUCGCCAUUCAUGAGGCUAUUCCGUCAUCGCAGUUGUCCGCAUUUUCAGACUACACACCCGGCACCCCGACCUACGAAAGUACCGAGGAAAUGUUGCCCCAGACUCCCAGCACGGGCGGAGGCAUCAUUCGGACGCCCUCACAAAGACGACUGAGCCAAGCCCCGCGACCGAAACAUCUGAGCGAUCUCGAAGACAUUCCCAAUGCGCGUUACCUAUCUUCCAUCGAGCCGCAAACCAUGACGGUGAAUCUAAUUGUGGGCAUUCUGUCAAUCGCGCCGCCGCGGACGGUAAUGACAGGGAUCAAGUACGGAAAGCCGCGAGAAACGGAGCUGGUGGAAAUGGUGGUCGGUGACGACACCAAAACUGGAUUCGGCCUUAGUAUGUGGCUUCCCCGAGAGAUGCGAGUGAAUUGGAAGGACGGUGCCAACGCCAACCCGGAAGGAUCGCGAAGUGUUUUGAGGAGAAACCUACGACACAUGCGACCGCGAGAUGUGGUGUUGCUGCAAAAUGUGGCAUUGAGUUCCUUCCGGGGCAAAGUUCACGGCCAAAGUCUGAAGGGCGAUGUGACCAAGAUUGAUCUUUUAUUCCGCAAGAAAGUGGAUGACGACGACCUGGGGGGAAUUUAUUCAGUGUCGAAUCUCAGAACGGCAACGGGCAAAGACCCCCAGAUAUUGAAGGUCAAAAAGGUCCGGGACUGGCUGAUGGAAUUUGUGGGGGAUCGAGAUGGUCCGGGAGCCGGAGGAAAGGGGCGGCGGAGAGGUGGAGGCGGAAGACGCGACCACGGAUUUCUACCCGACGAUACCCAAUGA